ACGCAACUGUCUAGCAUCAGCCACAUCUCACUCUAUCUACCUACCUACCUACCUACCUCUAAGGUACCUACCUAUCAACAUGAAGUCUUUCACCGUCCUCGCUGCCCUGGCCAGCCUCGGCGCCGUCUCGGCACAGACAAACAACUGCCCUGCCCCAGGCUCGACCAGCGCUGCUGGCGACUACAGCUGCAACCCGGCGCACGCGUACCCCGAGGGCCAGCAGUGCGUCCUCGUCAACGGAUGCUACUUCCUUCGCUCCAAGGCCGCCUCUUCCACGGCUGCUCAGCCCUCCGCCACCGGCUGCCCUGCCCCUGGCGCAACGAGCGCUGCCGGCGACUACAGCUGCAACCCGGCCCACGCGUACCCCCGAGGGCCAGGAAUGCAUCCUCGUCAACGGCUGCUUCUUCCUUCGCAACAAGGCCGCCGCGUCCCGCCGCUGCCCCGAUGGCCGCCGCUUCCGAGCCCACCGGCACCAGCUGCCCCGCGCCCGGCUCGACCAGCGCUGUUGGCGACAUCAGCUGCCUCCCCACCCAAAAGUAUUCCGAGGGUCUGGAGUGCGUCCUCGUCAACGGCUGCUACUUGCUACGUCCCAUGUGCAGCACGUCCUCCACCGCCGCCCCCAAGCCCACCACCACCAGCUGCCCUGCGCCGGGCUCGACCAACGCCGCCGGCGAGUACAGCUGCAACCCCGCCCACAAGUACCCCGAGGGCCAGCAGUGCGUCCUCAUGGACGGCUGCUACCUGCUCCGCACCACUGGUGGUGUCCCGACCACCCACCCCAACACCACCGUCCCCGCCACCAGCACCAAGCCCGUUGUCCUGCCCACCAACACCGUCACCGCCGGCGCCGGCGCUCUCUCGGCUUCGCGCCUCUCUGCCGUCGCCGGUCUGGUGGCUGCCGGUUUCUACCUGCUGCUCUAA